UAACGAAAGCAGAACAGCACCUGCACCCAGAAAGCAUCUGACGACACACUUUCCAAUCCAUCACUGCCGGGGGAAAUACGAAAAUUGACUGAGUUCAACACAAAUACGCCACAGCACCUUAUAUGAUCCUCUUACGCAGACGACUGUAAAACUGAUCUAAAGGAAUGGCUGGAUAAUUUCAGAAUGAGCUCUUAAUUGGCAGCAGUAUCCAUUCUGCUGCUGCUGGAGUGACAUGGAGCAAGGUCCAUCAUUCACGAGGGCCAUCGUCACUCCGUCUCUCUGGGCCAGAUGAGGGGCUCCAGCCCCAGCCUGCUGCGGGGGCGGCGCUUCCACUGUCGGGAAUGGGCCCUGGAGAAGCUGAAGAGGUGCCUGGAGGCGCGGGAUGCGGCCAAAGGGCCGCAGGGUUCUGCCCAUGGCUCACAGGGGGUUCUUGUGACGGGGGGUCAAGGCACGGGCAAGACGGCCUUGUGCACGGAGUUGGUGUGGCCUCAGUCAGAAACAGGCAAAGCGUUAGGUCUGGCAUCGCGAUGCCUGGCCUGGCAUUACUGCCAACAGGAGGAUGCGGGCACUAUGGAGGUCUGGAGAUUCGUGCUGGGCCUUGUGGAGCAGCUAAGGGACAGUCCACUGCUGGCACCCAGCUACAGCCACUUGUUGGCAAGCCCUGCUAUUGCUGCCAGCCUGGAACCAAUUCACUGCCAGCGAGACCCUGAUGACACAUUUAAAAGAGCGGUACUAGAGCCCCUGCUGUCCCUACCUUCUCCAGCUCAGGCUGUGUACAUAGUGGUGGACUCUCUGAAUGCUGGCUAUGGCGGAUGUGUUGGUGCUACUGAGGGGGUGACGAGUGGAUCCAUGGCCAUUCAGAGUACUUCAAUAGCGGAGCUUCUUCUCAGGCACCUUCAACUUUUCCCUCCCUGGAUUCUGCUGGUCUGCUCUGCAAGGAGACAGAACAAAGCUGUCUGCAAGAUGUUCUCAGGGUUUCGGAAGCUGUGUCUCGACGACUUGCGAAAACCUGCAGCCGUGCGGGAUGUUCAACACUACAUUCUUCGGAGGCUGGAUCAGGAGGGAGCGCUGCGCCGGCAGCUCACUCCAGAAACGGCCGACAUGCUUAACUUGCUGCACAUCAAAAGCGGUGGCUGCUUCCUCUUUUUGGAGCAAGUACUGGAUGGGGUGGCAUGUGGUCUUGUAGGACUGAGGGAGAUCCGGGACAUUCCUGGAACGCUGAACGGUCUCUACCUGUGGCUCUGCCAGCGGCUUUUUCCCCGAAGGCUUUUUGUCCACGUUAGGCCUUUGCUCAACAUUUUGCUGGCCUCCCCACGACCUCUCACUCCUGAAAAGCUGUACUUUGCAGCAUACGCCAGAGACAACUGCUUGGGACAUGAGGACUUCCAGUCACUAAUGCGUGCUCUGGCACCCCUGAUUGUGGAGGGGCCUGAGGGCAGUAAACUUUUGUUCCAUGGCAGCUUCGCAGAGUGGUUAACUGAUGUGAAAUACUGCACACAGAAGUUUCUAUGCAGUGUGAAGGAUGGUCACCUUUCUCUCGCCAUGUCCCUGUCGCUAAGAUCUAAAACCCUGAGCACAGAGGACAUAUGUCAGCUGGGCCACCAUCUUCUCAGCAGCGGAAUUCAUGCUGGGGACCCAUCUCUGCUCGCUUUAUGGAUGAUAUGGACUGGUGUCCCCACUUUGACAUUUUGCACAAAGGCCAGUUCCCAGCAAAUCCCUGUGCUGGUUCAGCAGGAUGUGCUACAGCUUCUGAUGAAAAGUGGAGUGUAUCCUCCUACCUGUUCCCCAGACAAUGGCCCUAGUGUGGGAAUACACUGUGUGGGUGGAAGAAGAGGGAUAGUUCGGCGAGCCUUGCAGAGGGAGGACUCUGUGCGAGCACUUUUGGACAGUGGGGUCAGCGUGAACCGCACAGACCCUUCAGAUGGACGAACACUAUUGUCUACCGCAGCUCAUGCAGGGCUUGUGGAUAUUGUUGCACUGUUGCUGUGUCGAGGGGCGGAUCCUUCCCUCAGUGAUCACCAGGGUCAGACGGCUCUAACCCUUGUGGCCAGGCAAGGCCACAUUGGUGUGCUUCAAAUACUGCUUGAGUGGGCUCAAGACCAGGGAACGGACACUCCAGCUGUUCAAGCCCUGCUGGAACAUGCAGACAGUGAUGGAUGGACUGCUCUGCGUUCAGCUGCAUGGGGUGGCCAUAAUGAAGCUGUGAAGAUGCUUCUUGAAGCAGGAGCAGAUGUGGACGGUUGUGAUCCUGAUGGCCGCACAGCUUUACGAGCUGCUGCCUGGGGGGGUCAUGAGGAGGUCUUGAUGACCCUUCUAGACCAUGGUGCUAAAGUUGAUUGCAUGGACCAUGAGGGGCGCACUCCCCUCAUUGCAGCUGCCUACAUGGGCCAUAAAGAGGCAGUCGAGAUCAUUCUGGAUGCAGGUGCGGAAGUGGACCUAGCAGAUGGAGAUGGGCGCACUGCUCUUUCUGUAGCUGCCCUGUGUGUACCAUCAGCAACAGGAGGUAGAGGGCACAGAGAGGUUGUAAGUCUGCUGUUGGAAAGGAGUGCUGAUCCAGAACAUAAGGACAAAGAUGGAAUGACUCCUUUACUUUUAGCCUCUUACGAAGGCCACGAGGAAGUAGUUGAGCUACUUUUAGAGGCUGGUGCUGAUGUGGAUGAGGGUACUGGAGCUUAUCCUUCUGCUGUUACGCCUCUCCUUGCUGCAGCAGCCAUGGGACAUGCAGGCACAGUGAAUCGCAUGUUGUUCUGGGGGGCUGCAGUAGAUGGUAUCGAUGGAGAAGGUCGUACAGCUCUAUGCCUGGCUGCAGCUAAAGGUAGUGUUGAGGUUGUGAAAGCGCUACUCGACCGCGGGCUCGACGAGAAUCACAAAGAUGAUUUAGGCUGGACUCCACUUCAUGCAGCUGCAUGUGAUGGUCACAAGAGUGUUUGUGCUGUUCUGACAGAGCGAGGCAGCAUGGCACGUGUUGGUGAACUGGACGUGGAAGGGCGGACCGCCCUUAUUUUGGCAGCACAGGAGGGUCACUGCAGUACUGUAAGACUAUUGCUUGACCGCAAGUCACCCAUUGAUCAUCGAAGCUAUGAUGGACACUCUGCCCUCAGUGCAGCUUCCCUGCAGGGACAUACUGAAGUGGUGGAACUGCUGCUGAGACGAGGAGCUGACACUGAUGUGCGAGAUGCAGAGGGUAGACCUCUUCUAUACCUACUGAUUCUGGAAGGACGCUUGGAUAGUGCCACCUUGCUCAUAGAAAAAGGUGGAGUCCCACUUGAAUCGAGAGAUGCUGAGGGGCGAACAGCAUUGCAUGUAGCAGCUUGGCAAGGUGACCUAGAUGGGAUUGGGCUUUUACUGGGACAUGGUGCAGACCCAAAUGCACUAGACCAGGAAGGUCGGCCACCACUGCACUCUGUGGCAUGGAGAGGUCUCACCUCCGCUGGCAGACUCUUCCUCAGAGCCAGGGACAUUAAUGUUGAUCAAGCCUGUAAAAAGCAAGGUGCCACAGCACUCAGCAUUGCCGCUCAAGAAGGACAUGCUGAAAUUGUCGCCAUGCUUCUGGAAAAAGGUGCAGAUCCAGAUCACGUAGAUCAUUAUGGCCGGACUCCAGUAAAAGUUGCAGGAAAGAGAGGUCUUUUCAACAUUAUUCGUCUCCUGGAGAGCUAUGGCGCAAAGCCUUUCCCUGGAAUCAUACCUCCGUCACCAUCUGGGGCUCCAUUAGGCUCCUCUUCCCAUACAUCCAUGGUCAAAACUCAGUCUUUCUCUGGGGAGGGGUGUUCCAGUGGAGCCACAGCCACUUCUUCAACCUCCUCAACAUCUCUGUCAGCCUCAUGUUCUCCAGCCUCUACGGCUGAAAGAUUCCACUCAAUGCCUGGCUCUCAGACAUCUUCAUCCACAUGCCACUCUUUGGCUACUGUGCAGACUGUCCCUGCCGACUCCCUGAGUUUCACUCAGCAGAUCCAGCAGCACUCCCUCCCUCGUUGCCGCAGUCGACCGUCCACUCUUCCUAUGCCCGUCUCAAACCCUCCGAGCUUUCAGGGAAGUGCGUCCAGAAACAAGCAGAAGGCUUUCCCCAAAACUAACCUUCCCCUUGCACCAUGUUCUUUCCUUGCACUGCAAGACUCAAACAUGCUCCUCAAAGUGCUUGGGUCCCCAGAAGCUGGUGACUACCUCUUAAAAUCCAAAACCACUCACCUGAUUGAGGAUGAACUCGGAAAGUGCCCCCAGCAAGUGGGAAGCGGAGGAGGAAAAUGGAACUCAUUAAUGAUGUCCUUAGGGUUAACACCAAACCAAGAGGGUGUCAUCAGAGAGCCAAAAAGUAGAGACAGUCCACCAUUAGGAUAUCCUCCUCGUCACCUCCAGUCCCAUUCACAGAGGGAGAAUUGGGAAGGUCUUCAAAAGACAUCCAUCUCCCCAGCCUUUGACCUCUCAGCCAUGUCCUUACACAGUGCCUUACUGGAAGAAUCUGUCUUCAGCAUUACAACCACAGAUCCCCAGCUCAACCUUAAACAGGCAAUCAAGUUGCAGUUUGAGGGGCCAACCAGCGCAGCACUUUACAAGAGGGAAACUCCACUUUAAGGCAACCCUCGGUGAUUAGGAGCUCUAGGAGGGCAGAGUGGUGUGGAUAAUUGCUGUGUGUUUGAGUCACUCAGGGCGGAGGGAGGUGGUAGAGGAGAUCCCACCACACGCUGACCUCUGACCUCCUGCAGGACUGGCAUAGCAGAAGGAACAAAGAGGAACCAAAAGACUUCAAAGGACUUAUGCUGUGUACAUUCCAGAGAUUUUCUUUUAUGUUGUAUCACAACAGACAACAGCUGGCCGUGCCUCCUUUUUUUUUUUAUUAUUCACACUCAGACACACACAAUGACAGGAAAACAGACGUACACAGGAACACAUUGGGGAGCGUAGUGCUAUGCAGGAAAAUAUAUAGAACGUCUCCUUAUGGGACACAGUUACAGGACUGUGAUGUGUAUAUAUAGGAAGUUUGCAGCGGUCGUCUCCUUGUGUCAGCUGGGACAAACUAUUUUCAGUGCAACUGAAAUGACAGAGGCACCAAGUGAGAAAGAAGAAAGAAGACAAUGAAUGUGGCUGAACUGUGUGUCGAUGCUGUUUCUCUGGGCUUCUUCUGUCUUAAACCACUCAUUUACUCCCUAACUCCCUCUCUGGAAUGUACCCCAGCAUUUUAGUGACCCAGGACUCCUGCCAACAAGGGCUCAAGCACAUCACCAAAAACACACCCGAACCAUUCUUAACUGUCCCUCAGAGGAUUUUGUACUUUUUUUUGUUUAGGAAUUGCUUUGGUCAUCAGUGAUGACUGUUUUAAGAAUAUGUUGGCUUAUUAUUAUUAUUUUUUUUGGUGCUGUUUCUAUCAGCGACUAUAUUUAUGUUUGUAUUUGUUUGCUUAUUGUGAUUUAUGUCAUAUUCUCCCGUAUCUGAACACUGACCAGUAUAUAGACCAGUCAGCUACUGACACUGCAAUACUAACAGAGGCUGUUAAAUUUGGAUAAAAAACGCAUAGAGUACAAUUUGAGAAUGUAAAAAGGGGAAGGCUAUGUUCAGACUGCAGGAUCUGAAAAAAUAAAUCUUCAUGGUAUAACAAUAACAAUAACGAUACUCGUGGCGAUACGAAAACACUGAAUUACAAAAAUUACUGCAACAAAAUGAAAAUUAAAUGUAAUUACUGCAUACGAUAUGGAAUGGCACACCCCUAACUGAUAUAUUAAAAUAAAUACAACAAUUUUAUCAGAUUUGUAACAGAAUCCAAUGAUCCAGAAUGCCAUGAUAAUAAUAAAUAGUAUGGAACCCACUUCUGACACCAAAGACAUUUAAAAUCUGAUUUGAAUGUUCAGAUUAAGACACAUUUGAGACAAAUCUGAUUGUAAUCAUGUUUCUAAACCACCUUCAAGUGUGGUUUGGAUUUGGUUUUGUGGUUUCUGGCUGUCUAGAAUAUAAAAAAUACAGUAUUUUCCGGACUAUAAGGUGCAUCAAAAAUCCUUUAAUUUUCGCAAAAAUCUACAGGCCACCUUUUAAUCCAGUAUCAGUUUAGUUCUCCAGCAGCGAGGCUGGAGUAGCAUAGCAUGAACUGCUAACCAUGCUCAUUAUUUCCCUGUUCAGAGGAGAGUAUUAUCGACGUAUAACCUGCUCCUAACCCUGGCUAGCACUGCUGGAGUGAUUAACCGCUAAUGCUAGUGCUCCAGCCUUAGUGAUGGAGAAAUUCAGUAAUCUAAGAUGUAAUUGUAAGUGAAAGCGCUUUACUCACACAAAUAAACAGUUUUCAGGAGAACAAUCUGUGUAGAUUACCAUUCAGCACUCGAUUGACUUUAAAAGAAAGUCUUCUUUUUUGUUACAGUUUUGUUUACUUAGCUUAGCUUUACUUAACUUGGUUAGUAAUCCGGUGCGCCUCGUGUAUAAAAAUAGACCAGACCAAAUUGACAUCCACUUAUAGUCGCUUUAUAAUCCAGUGCACCAUAUAGUGCAAAAAUACUAUAAUCUGGAUACAAUUUAGGCAUGCUAAAAAUCAGAUCUGUACUGGUAGUCUGGACAUAGCCAAAGAGACUGAAAACUAGACAUUUGAAGGACCAUGUCGGGGUCAUAAUUAUCCAAAAGAGCUGAAUACAAGAAUCUGCCAUGUCAUUUACAGUGUUUAACAUUGUUUAUAGCGUUCUUUCUGUUUCUCACAGUUUAAUUCAUUUUUAUACAAUUAAAACAUCUUUUACUCUU